AUGUUCUCGCAAAGAUCGUGCUAUUUCUCCCAACUAUCGAGAUCACAUCCAAUUUUGAAGCUUAUUGAUAUUUAUGAUCGUCAGUCGUUUAUACGAGUAUACGUUUUGGAUAACUUUUACGUGUAUAUUUUGAUGUAUAUUUUGUUCUACGUAGCACUAUGGUAUGCUAAUAACAUAAUAAAGCGAAUUGAAAGAUCAAAUCGAGAGAUGUCAACAAUAGUUGCAGAGAAUAAGACGAAAUUAGACAGAUUGGUUUUGUUAAAAAAUAAGAAGGCGGAAUUCGAGGACGCAAUCGUAAAAACGACAGAUGCACAAAAAGAGACUACGAAAUACUUAGAAGAUGAAAUGAACAAGCUUAGCACAGAAUUAAUUACAACGUCCAAUAAAAUUACUGGAUUGGAAAAAGUCGUUGAAAAAUACAAAUACCCGGACAAAUUACUUAGCUCAACCAAUGCUAUCGAGGGUGAAUGUUCAAAAGAAUUCGAAAGAAUCACGAGUCCGUUCGAGAAGUUCAAGAUUCUCGAACCGUCAUUUCCACCAACUGUACCACCGGAACCUCCGCCUCGGAAGUAUGGGAUCUUUGUCAGUAGACCGCCUGGGCGAAGAGCGUCGUCUGCAACUGCACCUGCGACUCCGCCGCCAAAAAUCAGAUUCAAAUAA